UCCUGACCAGAAAGCGCUGCAUUGGGAAGUCAUGCUUGAAAACCAUAGGAACGUGGUCUCUCUGGGUAAUAAUGGGCAGGAGAAUCAAGAUUCCUGUGAACUGUUCCAAGUGAUCAAUGCUAAAGAUGGAACGGAGAAGUUUGGAAUUCGAACGGAAUUCGAAAGCCAUGAAAAAAACCAGUCAAAGAAUUGGAACCAGGAAAGCUCAUCUUCCAGUGAUGCUCCGAUGCAAAACAAAGGGGAUGAUGCUAUAAGAAGACACAAUGGACAAAAUUACAAUGGGACAUUCAAUCUUUCUCUUGGGAAUAACUUCUUUACAUCUCAAAAAGUGAUUGACACAAAAGAGAAGCCUUAUAAAUGUUUGGAAUGUGGAAAAUGUUUUAGAACAAACAGGGAACUUACUAUCCAUAAAAGGAUCCACACAGGGGGGAAGCCGUACAAAUGCAUGGAGUGUGGAAAGAUCUUUGCUCAUGGCAGCGGGCUUACUAUCCAUGAAAGGAUCCACACAGGGGAGAAGCCAUUUAAAUGCAUGGAGUGUGGAAAGACCUUUGCUCAAAGAGGUAAUCUUAUUUCCCAUAAGAUGACUCACACAGGGGAGAAGCCUUUUAAAUGCAUGGAGUGUGGAAAGACCUUUGCUUAUAGAAGUAAUGUUAUUUCCCAUAAGAAGAUCCACACAGGAGAGAAGCCAUUUAAAUGCAUGGAGUGUGGAAAGACCUUUGCUCGGAGCAGUGGCCUUAGAAGCCACAAAAAUAUUCACUCAGGAGAGAAACCAUAUAAAUGCAUGGAGUGUGGAAAGACCUUUGCUCGGAGUAGUGGCCUUAGAAGCCACAAAAAGAUCCACACAGAAGCGAAACCAUUUAAAUGCAUGGAGUGUGGAAAGACCUUUGCUCAGGACGGUGAUUUUAAAAGGCACAAAAUGAUCCACACAGGAGAGAAACCACUUAAAUGCAUGGAGUGUGGAAAGACCUUUGCUUAUAGAAGUUGUCUUAUUUCCCAUAAGAUGAUUCACACAGGAGAGAAGCCAUUUAAAUGCAUGGAAUGUGGAAAGACCUUUGCGCGGAACAGUGUCCUUCGAAGCCACAAAAAUAUCCACUCAGGAGAGAAACCAUAUAAGUGCAUGGAGUGCGGAAAGUCCUUUGCUCAAAGAAGUAAUCUUAUUUCCCAUGAAAGGAUCCACACAGGGGAGAAGCCAUUUAAAUGCAUGGAGUGUGGGAAGACCUUUGCUCGGAGCAGUGGCCUUAGAAGCCACAAAAAUAUUUACUCAGGAGAGAAACCAUAUAAGUGCAUGGAGUGUGGAAAGAUCUUUGCUUAUAGAAGUAAUCUUCUUUCCCAUAAGAGGAUCCACACAGGAGAGAAGCCAUUUAAAUGCUUGGAGUGUGGAAAGAGCUUUGCUCAGAGCAGUGGCCUUCGAAGCCACAAAAAUAUUCACUCAGGAGAGAAACCAUAUAAAUGCAUGGAGUGUGGAAAGAGCUUUGCUCAGAGCAGUAUCCUUAGAAGCCACAAAAUGAUCCACGCGGGAGAAGCCAUUUAAAUGCAUGGAAUGUGGAAAGAGUUUUACUCAGAAUGGUCAUCUUAUUUCUCAUAAAAGGGUCCACGUUCGGGAGAAUCUAUAUAGCAAUAACAAUUCCACUUAGACUUAUAUACCACUUCUGGGUCCUCAUUUUAGCAACCUCAGAAGGAUGAAAGACUGAAUUAACCAUGAGCCAGUCAGGAUCGAACUCCUGGCUGUGGGCAAUUAGCUUGUAGUUCUGCAUUCUUUUUUUUUGUAAAGUUUUUUAUUUUUGACAACAAACACUGACAGAUACAAAAAUAUCAAAAUAAAACCAUCUUUCUAUUGUAUACAGUGUGUCGGUUGGUACAUAUCUCUUUUGUACAAUAUCAACAGUCUGUCUCUUCUAAUUUAAAUUAAACUUCAUAUUGUAAAUCAACUAUGCAAGUUAUACCAUUAUUAUUAACUCCUUAUUAGACUAAAAUUAAAAAUUCACAUUUUUACGAGCAAAUUUCAACUUUAAUGUAGCUUAAUUUAUAUUAUUCAUUUCAUUAUAACCAUUGUCUACCAUAAUCAUGUAUCAUUACAUUAUCUUAUCUCUAUUGUUCUAUUAUAAUUGUGUUAUAAUGUAUUUUAUUUCCCUAUCUUAUCUAGCCAUUGAUAAAAGAAAUCCCAUAUUUUAUAAUAUUGUUUUAUCUUCUUG